AGAAUUUUUACGUCAGCCUCCUUUAAUCCAUUGCUCAAGAGCGCGUGAAAUACCAGGAAAUUUCAAUCGACUGUUCGUGCUCUGAAAAGAAAAAGCCUGCAAAAAAUAGAAAUCAAACUUUUUAAAAUAAUUGAAUUGAAAUUAAUUACUACUUACAAUAUACUAUGUCCAUAAAUUGGUUGAGAGUUGUAUUCCCCUCUAUCAUAAAACUACCUCCUCCUCUUCCUCUCAGGUACUCGUCUCCUUCUUCUUGUUCUUGUUUUUCUUCGGUGGUUGUGGCAAUGUCUUAUGAUAAAGAGCUGACUGCUGCCAAGAAAGCUGCCUCUCUCGCUGCUCGUCUCUGUCAGAAAGUGCAGAAGAGUUUGCUUCAAUCAGAUGUUCAAUCCAAAAAUGAUAGAAGUCCUGUAACAGUGGCUGAUUAUGGCUCACAAGCACUGGUUAGCUUUGUGCUGCAGCAGGAAUUUCCGGCUGAAUUCUCAUUAGUUGCCGAGGAGGAUUCUAAAGAUCUUCGCAAGGAUGGUGCCCAGGAAUUAGUAGACCGCAUUACAAAACUUGUGAAUGAUUCUCUAGCUAGUGAUGAAUCAUACAGUGUUACUUUAUCCACAGAAGAUGUUCUCAAGGCCAUUGACAGUGGCAAAUCUGAAGGUGGUUCCCAAGGUCGACACUGGGUUUUGGAUCCUAUAGAUGGUACUAAAGGGUUUCUAAGAGGAGGUCAAUAUGCAAUAGCGUUGGCUUUGCUAGACAGAGGAAAAGUUGUCUUGGGUGUGCUGGCUUGUCCUAAUCUACCACUAACUCCCAUCAAUGAUCAGCAUUCUCCAAAUAAUGAAGUUGGUUGUCUUUUCUUUGCUGAAGUUGGUGGAGGAUCUUACAUGCAGCCACUUGACAGUUCUUCAACGGUGAAGGUGCAAGUAAGUGGCGUUGAAAAUCCUGAAGAAGCAUCAUUCUUUGAGUCAUAUGAAGCAGCACAUUCCAUGCAUGAUUUAUCUAGUUUAAUUGCCCAAGUACUUCUCUCUCUCUCUCUCUCUAUAUAUAUAUAUAUAUAUGUAUGUAUGUAUUUCCAUGCAUGUAAUGUAACACUGAGAUGUAAACAGAAACUCGGCGUCAAAGCACCACCAGUUAGAAUUGAUAGCCAGGUAAAAUACGGUGCUCUGUCCAGAGGAGAUGGAGCCAUAUAUAUGCGUCUACCUCAUAAAGGGUAUCGGGAGAAAAUAUGGGAUCAUGCUGCCGGGUGUAUUGUUGUGACUGAAGCUGGCGGUGUGGUCAUGGAUGCUGCAGGGAACCCUUUGGAUUUUUCUAAGGGAAAGUUUCUUGAUCUGGACACAGGCAUCAUUGUUACCAAUCAGAAGUUGAUGCCAAUACUCAUUAAGGCAGUUAGAGAAUCCCUGGAGGAGAAAGCUUCACCCUUGUGAUUUUUUUAAUAAACAGGGUUUUAUCCUUUCCUCAUUUAAGCUUUAUGUUUACUUUGGGGGGAAUAAAUUUCCUUUGUUAAGCUGGUUGCAAACUUGAAUCAUCUUAGUAUUUCUCUUAUUAAUCCCUGUCAUCAUGCUUUCCUUCUGUGGUUCCUAUUUUCUCCUCAGUGCAUGCAGUGUAUUAGGGUUGGCUCCUGGAUUCCAAACCUCAUUGAUGUUGAAUACCUAAUAUAUUCGAGAAGAAAGUGCAAUUAAUGUUUCAGUGAUCUACUGAUUUGUAA